CCCCCUCCUCUUCUCCUCCGCCGCAUCAGCAAUCUCUCUUUCUACUAGGGUCUCUUCUACCAGCGAUUCUUCCCCUCCCACCGUCCAAGCAGGGCCGGCGAGAUGUCCUCCCCCGACGAGGACCCGCCGACGGAGCCCGAGCGGUGGAGGGAUCUGGACAUGCUCCUCUCCCGCCCCGGCAACCUCGUCCACGCCGACUUCAACCCCAGCCCCGGGCUGCGGGACUCGCUGGGGAGCCUCGUGGAGGUGCUGGUGGUGGGCGCGGGCGGGCUGGGGUGCGAGCUCCUCAAGGACCUGGCGCUCUCCGGAUUCAAGAACAUCCACGUCAUCGACAUGGACACCAUCGACGUCUCCAACCUCAACCGCCAGUUCCUCUUCAGGGUUCAAGAUGUUGGGAAGUCCAAGGCUGAAGUUGCUGCAAAGAGGGUUAUGGAGCGAGUUAGUGGAGUGAACAUUGUUCCACAUUUCUGUAGGAUUGAAGAUAAAGAGAUAGAGUUCUACAGUCAAUUCUCGAUAAUUGUUCUUGGUCUAGAUUCAAUUGAAGCUCGAAGCUAUAUCAAUUCCGUGGCGUGUGGUUUCUUAGAGUAUGACUCAGAUGACAAGCCAAUCCCUGAGACGCUUAAACCUAUGGUCGAUGGUGGGACUGAAGGUUUCAAAGGUCAUGCUAGAGUCAUCAUACCUGGGACAACACCUUGUUUUGAAUGCAACAUAUGGCUUUUCCCUCCCCAGGUCAAAUUUCCCUUAUGUACACUUGCUGAGACUCCGAGAACUGCAGCUCAUUGCAUUGAAUAUGCUCAUUUGAUCAAAUGGAAUGAGGUUCAUCCUGGGAAACCUUUUGAUGCUGAUGAUGCAGAACAUAUGCAGUGGAUUUACUCAGAGGCUUUAAAGAGAGCAGAACUUUUUGGUAUUUCUGGAGUUACAUAUUCGUUUACCCAGGGUGUUGUCAAGAAUAUCAUCCCAGCCAUUGCUUCAACAAAUGCAAUUGUUUCUGCUGCAUGUGCGUUGGAAGCUCUUAAGCUUAUCUCUGGGUGCAGCAAAACUGUGUCGAAUUAUCUCACGUAUAACGGCCUUGAUGGAACACACAUUAAUGUAAGCGAAUUUGCAAGAGAGAAAGACUGCCUUGUAUGUGGACCUGGUACCCUUAUUGAACUUGGGACAUCGACUACCCUCUCAGAGUUCAUCAAGAUGCUUGAAGAGCACCCCAAGCUGCUAAUGUCGAGGGCUAGCGUAACACACGAAGGCGAUAACCUCUACAUGCAGGCACCUGAAGUCCUAGAGCAGAUGACGCGACCAAACCUGGGUGUCCCAAUGUUUGAGCUACUCAAAGGAGCUGCACGCACGACUGUGCAUGUAACUGGAAUGGCAGAAAACAACGGGAAGAAAGUAUCCUCUCUGAGGAAGCUGCGUGUUACUUUCAAGGGCGUCGAGGAAUCUUCGAAAAUGGAUGAGAGUUCUUGAUACUAGUUUAUAGCUAUGGCUUUCAAGAACUGAGAAUUAACCAAUUGUACCGGGGGGACCGAAGUGCUUAGAGAUAAAAUGCACACCACAUUCAAAACUGUUUAUUUGUUUAAAUGAAAUUGGCUAAAAAAAGAGAAAAUGACAUGUAUACAUUCUCACAAGCAAUUCACAAGUCCGGACGCGACUCCCAGUUGGGUGCCCGGGAGGGGGUCAAAUCGGUGCUGACGUCAGCAUGAUGUCAGCGUCACGCAUAUGUGUAAAACCACUUUAAACUAUUUUUUUUCUCUUAAAUUACUUAUCCAAAUCA